AGAAAAAAAGAGAGAAAAAUACAGCCAUACUCAAAGCAGUAGCAGUAGAGAAAAUUCAUUUUUUACAAUUUAUCGUCGUUUUUUUCUUUUAUUUAUUAUUUACCAUUGUCUUAUCUCCAUGGAGACUAUAGGUGUGUAAAAAUGGAGAUUGAUCCGAAAUUCACGUUUGUGCCUCUAAAUGAGAAAAUAUAUGUCGGAAUUAAUGGCAAAAAUACGCAAGAAUAUCUGUGUAAAUGGGGUUUAAAAGGAAAUUUUGUUAUCCAAAAUUUUUCAUUUAAUGAACCGUUCCAGCAGUAUCAUAAAUAUCAAUUAGCUGAUGCGUUUUUUAAAGAUAGUACCGUUGCAAAAGCAUUGUGGUCCAAACAGGGCUAUGCGUGGGCAAGACAAGGUAUACAAGCAUCGAGUGUUCAGAUAAAACAAGUUCCAUGCUCAGUUUUAAGUAUGUCAUUCUUUAACAAAUUAAAAAAUACUGAUAACGGGAUUGUACAUAGUUCAGGAACAAUCUGUAAAAGAUAUGAUCUGCAAGUAGAAGACUUUUUGGUAUCUGACAAUUUGCGGGGUAUGCUUUUGGAUGAGGAGUCAGAAGAAUACGGUCUUUACUCGGAAGAUGAGAAAAACGAGUUUGUGUUCCGUAUUUUUCAAAUGCUCGUCCUUGGUGGAAUAUUGUGUCAAUUUGAGGAUAUAUUACAGCCAUAUCUAGAUGUUACCAAAAGUAUUUACAAGGAUCUCAUAAGAGUGCAGAAGCAAAAUGGUUCAGAUAAUCUGGUCGUAAGUACUUUAGUGUUAGAAGUAGUUGCUAAGGAUAGCAAAGGCCAAGAUUAUUUCCCAUCUAAUUCCAACAACCGGCAAAAUAUCGCGUUUCUAUUGAUAGACGCUAAUUCUCAUGAAAUUACAACUUUUAUACACGAAUAUGGUGGAUACUGUCCUAUAGAUUGAAUCUGAUUACACUACAGUAUGUAUUAUGUCUUUUAUAUCAUUAUAAUUAAUUGUUUCUAUCAUAUAUAUUUCAUAAAAUAUAGUCAGAGAAUAUAUUCUAGUUUAAAUUUUAUAUACGUAAAAUAAUUUAUGGCAAAAGUAAUAACAUAUUCCUUGCAUUUUAUACAAGAUAAUUUAUUAAAAAACGAGCAAAACGAACUUAAUUAAUUACAUUAUCUUUGCAUACGUCUUUUGUAAAAUCUAUAAUUAAAUGCAAAUUUCUUAUUGUACAGAAAAUGUUGUGUAAUUAGAAUAUACUAUUGUUCUACGUGUGCAUUUAAUUUUUACGCAAUAUAAAAUACAUAAGUCAUUUAUUAUAAAAAUUAUAAAAAGACUCAUUAUGUAGGAUUUCAAUUUCUUUUUACUUUUAACAUUAAACUGACAUUGAUCUAUGGAGACUUGUAGUCUAUCAAAAUUAAAACAUUUACAACGUAAAAUCUUUUUUUGUAUAACAUUACUAAUUAUUUAUUCUUUAAUCACUUUAAAUAAGUAAUUUUUUGUAAAAUAUAUAAAUAUUUACUGAUAUUACAUGUAUAAUCAUAUUAUAGUCCAGAAAUAUACAAAUAUAUAAAUAUAUAACACUUGUGAGAUUUAUAUGUAAAGAUUAUGGCAAUCUGUUUUAUUUAGAGAUAUCAAGUGUAGGUAUACAGUAGGUUACGAAAGGAUUUUUGAAUGCACAAUAAAAUAUCUAUUUUUGAAAGCUUCUUGCUCUCGUGAAAAGGAGUAUCUUAUUUAAAUGACGAGUAUUAGCCCGUUGUUCUUAUGACUUAGAUAUGACUAGCAUACAUAUUAGCUUGUAUUUUAUUAUACAGAUGUAUUACAAUUAAUAAUAUCUAAACAUCUGCAUCUUAUAUAUUACGAGCCUUUUCCUUUACGGUAUAGAUAGAAUCUUUUUCUCCGUAUCAUCAUUAUUAUAUACUAUUAUUUUUCCU